AUCCCGGAAGUUCUAGUCAGGACGUACGUGGCCUUUUCCUCCAGGACUAGUGCAGGAGCUUCGCUGCAUUGCAAAAUGGAACUCGAAGCGAUGACCCGGUACACCAGCCCGGUGAACCCGGCUGUGUUCCCCCACCUGACAGUCGUCCUGUUGGCCAUCGGCAUGUUCUUCACAGCUUGGUUCUUCGUGUAUGAGGUUACGUCAACAAAAUACACAAGAGAUGUGUACAAAGAGUUGCUGAUAUCCCUUGUAGCGUCACUUUUCAUGGGUUUCGGCGUUCUCUUCCUGCUCCUCUGGGUUGGCAUUUAUGUAUGAAGACUGACUGACCUGAAGAGGUGACACAUUCCAGGGCAACGCAACAAAUACAACUGGAUUGGAUUUCUGAUUUGAUUGGACUGCACUGACAACAUUUGCAUUCAUGGAGUAUCUUUUGGAGAAGUAAAUGGAACUUUGUAAAACUUG